AUGUCUUCCGGCAAAGGCCAACGAGAGUCGGUCUUCCCUACUCGUCAAGCCCUCGGUUCGGCCAAGACUCGUUUGAAGGGAGCACAAACAGGUCACUCCCUCCUCAAAAAGAAGGCCGAUGCCUUGACCAAGCGUUUCCGCACCAUCACACACAAGAUUGAUGAAGCUAAACGCAAGAUGGGCAGAGUCAUGCAACAAGCUUCCUUCUCUCUCGCCGAGGUCCAGUACGCUACCGGCGACAUUGGUUACAUCGUCCAGGAGUCCGUCAAGUCCGCAUCGUUCCGCGUUCGAGCUAAGCAGGAGAACGUAUCCGGUGUCUUACUUCCUGCUUUCGAGGCGGACAUCAAGGACAAAUCAAAUGGUGCGCAAGGCAGCGGUGGAGAGUUUGCACUUACCGGUCUCAGUAGAGGUGGUCAGCAGGUCAACAAGGCAAGGGAGGUCUAUACGCAGGCAUUGAAGGUGUUGGUCGAGUUGGCGAGUUUGCAGACUGCUUUCGUAAUCUUGGACGAAGUCAUCAGGAUGACCAAUAGGCGAGUGAAUGCUAUCGAGCAUGUCAUCAUUCCAAGGUUGGAGAACACGAUCAGUUAUAUCGUCAGCGAGUUGGACGAGGCGGAUAGGGAGGAGUUCUUCAGAUUGAAAAAGGUGCAGGCUAAGAAGAAGGAGAAGGCUGCCGCAAGCGAUAAGCAGAGGAAGAAGCUGCAGGGUGUCAAGGACGCUGAGGAAGAAAAGAAGAGUAGCGAGGAUAGCAGCAGGGAUGCAGAGGCAAAGGAUGUCGGUGUCAAGGAGGACGGGAGCAAGAACAAGAGCAAGAACAAGAACAAGAACAAGAACAAGAACAAGGACGGCUCCGGCGCAGGUGGUAAGCAGCAAGAAGAAGAGGAGCAGGGCGGGCAAGACAUGCUGUCGGGUGGUAAGGACGAGGAUGUCAUCUUCUGA